ACGCCUUGAGAGCCAGAAUAUAUCUGGAAAUCAGUCGCACUUCCAGACAUGAUCAGUAUACUCUUGGUCGGCUAUUUUACUCUCGUAUUUAUCAUAAGUGUUCGGACUAUUAAUUUGAAUCAGUCCUUAAGAGAUAAUGCUUUGGAGAUCAAAUCGUUUAAUUCUCAUUCCAAUCAUCAGGGAAGGUUCUUCCCACUAUUCAGCGUCGUACGUUUCGCUAACUCUGAGUGCUUGUCGAGUAUCGAUCAACUUAAUGGCACGUGCUUCACAAGACGAGAGUGUAUGAAUUUCGGAGGUAACCCGUCGGGAUCGUGCGCUAACAGAUUGGGCACUUGUUGCAUAUUUCAAAAGUCUUGCGGCUCCACCACCAACAUGAACAACACAUAUUUCGUAAGUCCGAGAUAUCCUAUCACUUAUCGAGGUGGAGAACGUUGCUCGAUCACAGUGCAACGUUGUAAUCCUAAUAUAUGUCAGGUAACAUCCACACUGUGCGUUAGUAAGUUACAGCCUUUAAAUGUCUCAUGUUUGCAGUUGCGACUGGACUUUCUGGAAGCUACUUGGGCCCAGCCAAAUGCUACUGGAUUUUGCGAUUUAGACGUGUUUCUCGUAUCAGGAGGUUCAUCUACAGUGCCCAGAAUAUGCGGGGAAAACACUAACCAGCAUGUAUACGUUGACUUUAACGGAGCAACGCCAAUCACGAUAUCCGUCGACACCAACGCGGAUUUUGCGUUCGAUCGACGCUGGAAUAUAAGGAUUCAGCAAAUAGCGUGCGAUUCUGUAUGCAGAGCUCCUAAUGGAUGCUUACAAUAUUACAAUACUCUCUCCGGCACCGUAAUGAGCUUUAACUUUGGUACAACAGAAAAUGUCCGAGGUACGUGUCAGUCAAACGUCACAGUGAACUCUUCGUAUUUAGACCAUUCAUUUGAAACUAUAAAUGAACGAUCUAAACUAAGAGUUGUUUCAGCUCCUCAGAUUGGAACGCGACAGAUGGUGAAUCAUCGUUAUGGCGUGUGCGUUAGAAUGGCUUUGGGAUAUUGCACUAUUGAGUGGUCGGAAGUCGAUAAUCUUUCUUUUUCCGUUUCUGGAGAUACGGGCUCGUUUGAUCCAAACAUAAUAGGCACACCCUUGGUGGCAGAAUCUGGAGCUAGUUGUACCACCGAUUUCGUAAUUAUACCCGAUCCGCAAGAAAAUGGCGUUUUCGAUAAUACAGACAGAUUUUGCGGAAAUGGAUUUAUAACUAAAACAUCGGACUUGAAGCCAUUCGUACUUUAUGUCGUUACAAACGGUGAUGAAAUGCAAGAGGCCCAAAAUAAAGGCUUCGCACUUUCAUUUCGUCAGCUGCCUUGCGCAGUUUAAGUAUUGUAUAAAUAUAUUUUUCAUAUAUUAUAUAAAUAUAUUUUUUCUGAUCAAAAAUAAUAUUAU